GCCGCCCCUCAACGGCUUCGCGCAGCCGUUAGGCACUCGCGCGCUCCCUCACCCCGCCAACGGCCUCUCACAGCUGGCUCCCCCGCCGCUCGGCUCCUGCUCGGGGCAUUGCAUUCCCCCCAACCCUCUCCCCAGGGAGCCGCUCUGGCAGAGCAGGUGCAGCCCUGGCUGCAGGGCAACAGUUUGUGGAAAUUAUAUUGCUCCUUUUGAAAGAGGAGUGAUUUGGUGGUGAUGGAGUGCUGCCACUGACAGAUGGACUCACAGGAAAGAAGCUCAGAAGAGGCAGAAGGAGCCAAAGAGAGAGGCCUGGUGUAUGUUUGGAAGGCUGGUUCCUGCUCUGUAACUCCAGAAAGGCUUCCAGGCCUCAGUGGAAAGACUGUAUUACAGGCAGCCCUUGGAACACAUCAUGGAUUACUUUUAACAGAAGGUGGAGAGGUCUACAGUUUUGGAAAACUGCCCUGGAGAUCAGGACCAGAGGAGUCAUGUGCUAAUAAUCCUGUCUUAGAAAAUACUUUGCUUGGGCAUCAUAUUAUUACAGUGGCAGCUGGCAGCUUCCAUAAUGGAGCUGUGACAGAAAGUGGUGUGGUGUACAUGUGGGGGAACAAUUCUGCUGGCCAGUGUGCAGUUGCUAAUCAGCCAUGUGUGCCAGAGCCACAACCCAUCAGUAUUUCUGAUUCUGAAAACAGUCCUCUAUUAUCAGUAAGGAUUUUGCAGCUAGCAUGUGGAGAGGAACACACGCUGGCGCUAUCACUAAGCAGAGAGAUAUGGGCUUGGGGGAGUGGCUGCCAGCUUGGUCUCAUAACAACAACUUUCCCAGUGACAAAGCCACAGAAGGUAGAGCACCUGGCAGGACGUGUUGUGCUCCAGAUUGCUUGUGGAGCCUACCACAGCCUGGCUCUGGUACAAUGUCCCCCUGUGCAGGAAAUGAAGGCUAUCCCAGAGAGGUGCAAUCAUUGCAGUCAACUCCUUAUUACCAUGAUGGACAAGGAAGAUCAUGUAAUCAUUUCAGAUAGUCACUGUUGCCCGCUGGGUGUAGCACUGUCUGGUAACCAACCAGAAAACCAAGUCUUCUGUCCCUCAUUGGAGAGCCUAGAAGGAAAAAACGUAACCAGUAGCCAAAGUGAAGACUGUCAGAAACCACUUGUGGAAGAGCAUACACUUGUUGCUUUAGAAUCUGAUGGAGCAAGUAUGCUUUCCAGCAACGAUGGACAGGAAGACAGUGGAAUUUCUAGUCCUGGAAAUAUUCUGUUCCCAGAAAAAAAAGAAGUGAAAGAGUACUUAAUCAGUUUAUCAGGUCACUCAUUAAAUGAGAGCCUGGAGAAAAACAUCUGCACAGAACCUGAGCAGCCUUCUCAAGAAGAACAACUCAGUGCUUGUAUCCCUGGCCCUCCAGGUACCAGCACGUCUGCCUUGAACAGCCUGGUGGCCUCUUGUGCGUCAGCUGUUGGUGUGAGAGUAGCUGCUACAUAUGAAGCUGGAGCAUUGUCUUUGAAGAAAGUAAUGAACUUCUAUGGCACACCUUCAAGUGAACUGGGAUCUCAAUCUGGUGGUGGUUCCCCAGGGCCUGAAGCUCUGAAAGACACUCGAGAAGAGCAGGUCAGACUGGAAUCCAUGCAGGGGAAGAAGAGUUCCAGUUUAGUAGAUAUUAGAGAGGAGGAAUCUGAAGGAGGGAAUCGGAGACUUUCCCUGCCUGGCUUGUUGUCACAAGUUUCUCCUAGGCUCUUACGGAAGGUAGGGCGGGCAAAAAUGAGGACUGUAGCUUUGACUCCAACCUACAGUGGUGAGGCUGAUGCUCUUUUACCCUCUCUAAGAACAGAGGUGUGGAGCUGGGGAAAGGGGAAGGAAGGACAGCUAGGACAUGGCGAUGUUCUGCCAAGGCUUCAGCCACUAUGUGUGAAAAGCCUAGAUGGUAAAGAAGUGAUUCACCUCUCUGCUGGUGGCCAUCAUUCCUUAGCACUCACUGCCAAAUCCCAGGUGUACUCAUGGGGCAGUAAUAUCUCUGGUCAGCUUGGUCACUUGAACUCCCCAACAACAGUCCCUCGUCUUGCAAAGGUGUGUGGUAAUGGUGUUUGGAGUACAGCAGCAGGACUAGAUUAUUCCCUGUUCUUAGCAGAUGAGGAAGACUUCCAACCUGGAUUAUAUUAUAGUGGCCAGGAGACAACAACAGAAAAUAACUUGUAUGAAAAUAGCUGUACUAAGAGUCCAGUUUUGUUACUAUCCUGUAGUAAGAUAGGGUACAUAAGCAAUGUGAUAGCUGGUGGUGACAACUGUUUGGUCUUAGUAGACAAAAACGUAAUGGGAUAUAUUGCCAGUUUGCAUGAGUUGGCUUCUACUGAGAGAAGGUUUUAUUUCAAACUGAGUGAGAUCAAAUCUCAGGUUCUUAGGCCUCUUUUAGGUUUAGAUAAUUUGGGCAAUGCAAAUACAAUCCAGUUGUUGCAGGAAAUGGCAAGCAGGUUCAGCAAGCUCUGCUAUCUCAUCGGUCAACAUGGAGCUUCUUUAAGUAGCUUUCUUCAUGGAGUAAAAGAAGCCAGGAGCUUGGCCAUCCUGAAGCAUUCCAGUCUCUUUUUGGAUAGUUACACUGAGUACUGUACUUCAGUAACAAACUUCCUUGUAAUGGGAGGAUUUAUGCUCCUUGCAAAGCCAGCAAUAGACUUCUUGAGUAAAAACCAGGAGCUGUUACAGAAACUGUCUGAGAAGAACGAGGAAAACCUCCAGCUAGUAGAAGUUCUGAAUACUCUGUUUUUCAUGCCAUUUGGACGACUUCAUAAUUAUGCUAGAACUUUGCUAAAGCUUGCCACGUGUUUUGAAGUGGCAUCUCCAGAAUACCAGAAGCUACAGGAUUCUAGCUCUUGUUACGAGAGCCUUGCUGUGCAUCUUAGCAGAAAAAGGAAAGAAGCAGAAUACACACUUGGCUUCUGGAAGACCUUUCCUGGGAAAAUGACGGAUUCUUUGCGGAAGCCAGAGCGUCGUUUAAUCUGUGAAAGCAGCAAUCGGGGGUUGUCCCUACAGCAUGCUGGAAGAUUUUCUGUAAACUGGUUCAUCCUCUUUAAUGAUGCUCUGGUACAUGCUCAGUUCUCAACGCACCAUAUUUUUCCCUUGUCCACACUGUGGGUAGAAGCUCUUUCAGAAGAAGCUGGUAAUGUGAAUGGAUUGAAGAUUACAACACCUGAAGAACAGUUUGUUCUUGUUCCUUCAACACCACAGGAAAAGACCAAGUGGCUGAGGGCAAUAAGCCAAGCAGUGGAUCAGGCCCUUAAAGGGACUUCUGACUUAAUUCUAUAUGGAGCUGGUGGGAAUGUGCCAAGACAGGAACCUCCUAUUUCUCGCAGUGCCAAAUACACCUUCUAUAAGGACCCUCGAUUUAAGGAUGCUGUUUACGAUGGGAGGUGGCUUUCAGGAAAACCCCACGGCAGAGGGAUCCUAAAGUGGGCAGAUGGAAGAAUGUACUCUGGGACUUUCCGGACUGGGCUGGAGGAUGGGUACGGUGAAUACAGAGUGCCGAACAAAGCAUUGAAUAAGGAUGACCACUAUGUGGGGUACUGGAAGGAAGGCAAAAUGUGUGGGCAUGGAGUCUACAGCUAUGCUACUGGUGAGGUGUAUGAAGGGUGUUUUCAGGAUAACAUGCGUCAUGGGCAUGGUCUGCUACGCAGUGGGAAGCUGACCUCAUCCUCUCCCAGUAUGUUCAUUGGACAGUGGACAAUGGAUAAGAAGAGUGGUUAUGGAGUUUUUGAUGAUAUCACAAGAGGAGAAAAGUAUAUGGGAAUGUGGCAAGAUGAUCUUUGCCAAGGCAAUGGUGUUGUGGUUACGCAGUUUGGACUGUAUUAUGAAGGAGCCUUCAGCACCAACAAAAUGAUGGGGACUGGAAUUCUGCUUUCUGAGGAUGAUACAGUCUAUGAGGGGGAAUUUUCAGAUAACUGGACUCUGAGUGGAAAGGGAACAUUGACCUUGCCAAAUGGAGAUUAUAUUGAAGGUCUCUUCAGUGGAGAAUGGGGAUCUGGGAUAAAAAUCACAGGAACUUACUUCAAACCUAGCUUGUAUGAGAAUGAGAAGGACAAACCUAAAGCAUUGCGGAAACUUGGGAUCCUGGCAGUGCCUCCUGAUGAGAAAUGGAAGGCAGUAUUUGAAGAAUGCUGGAACCAGCUUGGCUGUGAGACCCCAGGCCAGGGGGACAGAUGGAAGGCUUGGGACAACAUUGCGGUGGCCCUGACCACCAACCGACGGCAACACAAAGACAGUCCAGAAUUAUUGAGCCGCUCACAUACUCAGACACUGGAAAGUUUGGAGUUCAUUCCACAACACAUUGGUGCCUUCACCCUGGAAAAAUAUGAAAAUAUAAAAAAAUAUUUGAUAAAGGCUUGUGAUACUCCUCUCCAUCCAUUGGGCAAGCUGGUGGAAACACUAGUAGCUGUCUACAGAAUGACCUAUGUUGGAGUAGGAGCUAAUCGACGAUUACUGCAGGAGGCUGUAAGAGAGAUAAAGUCCUACCUCAAACGCAUCUUCCAAUUGGUUAGGUUCUUGUUUCCUGAUCUUCCGGAAGAGGGCAGCACAAUUCCAUUUCUGGCAACUGAGACAAAGGGAAGGCGAUCAUUUUGCAGUGGGAAGUCUGACUCCAGAUCAGAAUCUCCUGAGCCGGGCUAUGUGGUAACGAGUUUUGGCUUGCUGCUCCCUGUGUUACUGCCACGACUCUAUCCUCCUCUAUUUAUGUUGUAUGCCUUAGACAAUGAGCGUGAGGAAGAUAUUUACUGGGAAUGUGUUUUACGUCUAAACAAACAAACUGAUAUGGCUCUUCUAAGUUUUCUUGGAGUGCAAGCGAAAUUUUGGCCAGGAACUGUAUCCAUCCUUGGAGAGAGUAGAAAGGUAUCAUCAAAUACAAAAGAUGCCUGUUUUGCCUCUGCAGUUGAAUGUUUACAGCAAAUCAGUACUACGUUUACCCCAGCUGACAAGUUGAAGGUGAUCCAGCAGACUUUUGAAGAGAUCUCUCAGAAUGUACUUGAGACUCUUCAGGAAGACUUUCUGUGGUCCAUGGAUGACUUAUUCCCUGUUUUUCUCUAUGUGGUGCUACGAGCCAGGAUAAGGAAUUUGGGGUCUGAGGUACACUUAAUCGAAGACCUGAUGGAUCCUUAUCUGCAGCAUGGGGAGCAAGGCAUCAUGUUCACUACCUUGAAGGCAUGUUACUACCAGAUUCAACACGAAAAGCUUACCUAGACCAUCAUUCACGACCUGGCUCUGUGGGAUAAUCUGCUCAGUGGAACUUCACUAAUACCUACUUUCUUCCCCGAAAUGGCACUUCGUUACGGUUCUGUUGUUACAGAUGAAAAUAUUGCAUUUUUUCUCCCGAACUUUCAGUUUUAAGAUCAAAAAACUACAGCCAGAGGCUAUCUAUGAAGUGAUGAAGCUAGAGAGUUGGUUUGUCAAGUACUUGUGAAGAAGAAAUAAUUUCCUAUUCUAACAGAAAGAUUUACUCCUUCUCAAUUAACAAUGCUGCAAAAAGGCAUGGCAUCUGCAUAGAGUACAUGUGAAAGUCUGGACCGCAUGGCUUCUAAAGCAGUGGGUUUGUUUUUAUUAUUCCUGGUUUGUCAACAGAGAUGUUUAAAGAGAAUGAAUUGCACCACAGAACCAUUCAGCCUUCCUGAAUUAAGCUAUUAUGUUUGUUUAUUUAAAAAAUAGAAAUAUGUUAGUAUUUAUAAUGGGUAACCUAUACCGUGUUUGGCUGCAAAGGUUUUGAGGCAUCUGUGCUGAACAGAAUUGCUGAAUGCAGUGUUAAUAUACUGUGGUGGAAAUAAUCACACUGUUAUUACGAGAAUUAUAAAUAUAAAGGCAUUCACCAUUCUUUCUGUUUAUGAAAUAAAUAAAAGGCACUGACCACUUCAACUUUUGGCACCAAAUUAAAUACCUGAAAUCUGCAGUGUUCAAUUUCACUACCUUGAUGUCCAAGGACAGACACUUUCUCUGGAAGCCCAGGUGAUAGGAGAAUGGGAACGUGCUCUUGAACAAGCUGACAAUGGGUUAGGUUUGAGACUUGCCUGUUAACUUACGUGUCAGAGUGAAAAAAGCUAACCUUGUUGCAUUUUUGAACAUGUAGAGAACAAGUAGUUUCCCUGGGGGGAUUUGUGUGUGUGUGUGCGCUUCUGUGGUUUAUGGCUAACUUUAUUUAUACCAAUAACACUCAUGGAUAAUUUGGGUAUUGUAGGUGCUGUUCUUUACCAUGGCUGACUUAAAAAAGGGGGAGGGAGGAAUAGAUUAUAGAAUGUUAUAAUGGCUUAUGUCAUGUCAAACUACCAUAGAUAAUGCUAUUCAUAUUUUUGAAAUAGUAAUCAUGGCUUGUGUAUUGGCACCUAAAUGGAAAGAAACCAUAUGUCAAAAUACUGUUUUGAACAGUGGCUGUAAUGUAGCAAUUUUCAUAAUAAAGUAAAAAAGAUUGGUC